AUGUUGGUCAUCUUUAAUGAGUAUCUGCUUAAUAUCAUAAUCAUACUCUUAAAAUAUUGGUCAAUCAUAUCCCUUGCUGACGUUAAACCCAAGCCUCGCCCUCGUAAAGCCGUGAAAUCCAAGGCUGUCAUUGACGACAAGGACGACGACGAGAUCGAGAUUAUUGGCGAUGUCGACGUCACAAUGGGUGCGUCUGACGGCCCCAUUACUGCCGCUUCAGGUCCUGACGCCUCAUUUGCGCAGAUGAAAAUCGACAACCUCGUCAACAGGGAAGUCAAAGCGAAGGUCGCUACCAAGGAUAAGGGCAAAAAGCGUGCCGCAACCAAGUUUCCAUUCAAGUGUGCAGAGACUGUGUGUAUUCCUUACACCACUGUCCCUGGCAUGGACACUAAACAUCGUAUUUACUUCAAGGCCGCCGCUAUCGAGAAUGGUCAGGUUGCAUCGUCUAGCAACAAGCAGGCUCGGAUUGAUCCCUUGUCUGCCACUGACCUUGCCGACCUUCAGCGUCGUUGUGGACACUCUUUGUCGCUUGAUAGUUCCAUCAAGGAUUUUAUCACCCAGCGUACCAGAGUCGUACUUGACAAACCCAUGCCGGGCGAACCCACGCUGGAUUAUUAUCGUACUACUGAGUUGGACUUGCGCAACCGCGUUAUUACUGUCCUUCAGCGCAUGGACUUAGAGCUUAAGCUUUUUGAAGUCGUCAACGCUGAGUACGAGACUGUUGCUGACUUGCUCAAGGAUUAUGAGGAAAUCGAGGCUUUUCUCGCUUAA